GUCACGAAUUAGAGGAGCAUUUCUUAGCCAAGAGUAGAGAAGCUUGGAGCCUGGGAUAGAGGCCAGACUGUACCGAGCUGGUGGGAGGGGAAAGGGAUUUCUCUAGUAGAGGGGGAUAUUGAGCAAAGGAGGAAUCUGGAGAAUGCUGGACAAAUCAACUAAGGAGGGAACUAAAGACAGUCAAAUGACCCUCUUCCAGGCUUAGAUUAGCCUUUCCACAGCUCAUAUAGCAGCAUCUGCCCCAAUUUCAGCUGAAGACUCAGGGGCUCUGGGGACUGGAAGAAAUCACAGUGCCAACUUGGAAAGAAGAAGAGGUAGCGAUUUGCCCCAGCCCACCCAAGAGCGGGAGCUGUUGGCUGGAGGAAGUGGAGGGGCUGUGGGAUGCAGAGAGCCAAGGGCUAACUCCCAGAGAGCGGAACAGAGAGAGCUGCUGACAAACAGACGGUGGAAGAACCCUCACCUCCCAGAAUGACAAGUGCAGCCCCUGCUAAGAAACCCUACCGUAAGGCACCACCAGAACAUCGGGAGCUGAGGCUGGAAAUUUCUGGAUCCAGGCUGGAGCAGGAGGAGCCCCUGACUGACACGGAAAGAAUGAAGCUCUUACAACAGGAGAAUGAAGAACUUCGCCGGCGCUUGGCCUCAGCCACCAGACGUACUGAAGCUCUGGAGCGUGAACUAGAAAUCGGGCAGGACUGCCUGGAGCUGGAGCUGGGCCAGAGCCGUGAGGAAUUGGACAAGUUUAAGGACAAGUUUCGCAGGCUGCAGAACAGCUACACGGCUUCCCAGAGGACCAACCAAGAACUGGAGGACAAGCUGCACACGCUGAUCAAGAAGGCUGAGAUGGAUAGGAAGACACUAGACUGGGAGAUCGUGGAGCUGACCAACAAGCUGCUGGAUGCCAAGAACACGAUCAACAAGCUGGAGGAACUCAAUGAGCGGUACCGGCUGGACUGCAACCUGGCUGUGCAGCUCCUCAAGUGCAACAAGUCCCACUUCCGUAACCACAAGUUUGCCGAUCUACCCUGUGAGCUACAGGACAUGGUUCGGAAACAUUUGCACAAUGGUGAAGAGACUAUCAGCCCAGGCCCUGCUCUCAGCCUGGCCCCAGGGUCUGUGGUGCCUACUUCAGUCAUUGCCCGGGUGUUGGAGAAGCCAGAGUCUUUGCUGCUCAAUUCAGCACAGUCAGGCAGUGCUGGGCGCCCCUUGGCUGAAGAUGUCUUCGUGCACGUGGACAUGAGUGGGGGUGCUACAGGUGAUCCAGCCAGUCCCCUGGCCCCUGGUAGCCCCACCCCCCAACCCAAUGGGGACUGCCACUCUCUGGGUACUGCAGGGGACUCCCCAGAGGAGGAGUUGCCCCUGCCAGCCUUUGAGAAGCUGAGCCCCUACCCCACCCCAUCUCCACCACAUCCACUAUAUCCUGGCCGCAGGGUAAUAGAGUUCUCUGAGGAUAAGGUUCGGAUCCCCCGCAACAGUCCCCUACCCAACUGUACUUAUGCUACUCGCCAGGCCAUUUCACUGAGCCUGGUGGAGGAGGGGAGUGAGCGGGCCCGCCCCAGCCCAGUGCCCAGUGGCCCUUCCUCAGCCCAGGCAUCACCCCACCACCGGCCCAGCCCUGCCCCUCCGACACUCAGUGCCCCAGCCAGCUCUGCCAGCUCUGAAGAGGACCUGCUGGCCAGUUGGCAGCGAGCAUUUGUGGACCGUGCUCCACCACCUGCCGCUGUGGCCCAGCGCACAGCCUUUGGACGUGAUGCACUCCCUGAACUGCACUGCCAUUUUGCUCUUAACCCCACUGACAGAGAUGAGGUGGUUCAGGAACCUUCCACAGCCGAUGAGAGUGGGCUUUUGCUACCAACAGAACCUGACUCUGGCUUUCCCAGGGGGGAGGAGGAGGAGGAAGAGCUGAACCUGCCCAUCAGCCCUGAGGAAGAGUGCCAGAGCUUGUUGCCCAGUGAUAGUGGCACAGAGGAGGGGCCUAGCACUUCCCACACUGAGGGCAGGGUCUGGCCACUCCCUAGCUCCAGCCGCCCCCAGCGUAGCCCCAAGAGAAUGGGGGUACACCACCUGCACCGCAAGGACAGCCUGACUCAGGCCCAGGAGCAGGGCAACCUGCUCAACUAGGGUCCCCACUUGCCUUCCUGCCACUGCUGCUGCACUGGGUCUGCAAGGAGGCCCCAAACCCUUGUAAACUCAGGGUCCCUAGCCUGAGCCCUCAAACUCUCCCCUCCCCAGGCUUGCACAUUACACAGCUCUGUUCCUGUGUGGGUUAGGUCAGGAGGUGGGCCGUGCCAGGCUUUCCAGCUAUGUUGGCUGUGACUGGCAACAGUAUGACAUGGUUUUUCCCUUUUCUUGGAAUAUUUAUUCUCCAAAGGUAAACAUGCAGUUGGGUCUCAAGCCUUUCUUCCAAACAGUGUAGCCCAGAUCAGGCUGUUCUGGGGAGCUGAGGGGUUUUUAUCAGUAUUCAUCUUCCUCUCAUAGUCAUGAGGUUUUUGGGGGGAAGGGGGUGGGAGGUUAGAUCUUAUUGGGAUUAUUAACCUCUAACCCCUGUUUUCUGCCUGUUUCCCUCUCUUCCCUAAAUCCUCUUGUACAAGCUGUUGCCCACAAGGGGCCUGGCACAGCUGGUCCUUGGGGAUAAUGGAGAGGACUGACUCAGGGCUCCCUUUAGCUGUUUCUCCCUCUGGAAGGGAGGGUAGGCUUUGGGGCCUCAAAGUGGCCUGGUUCCCCUCCCACCCUUGGCUCUAGACUGUUACUCCCAGCUUUGGGAAAUUUUCACAUUGAUGGCUAUUUUAAAAUCAAAUAAAACUAUUUUACUGGUAUG